UAAAUUCAAUUUUUCUUUACACGUGUGUAAUAGCUGCAAAGGCAGAUGCAGAAAAGAACACAGUUGCCGGAGUAAAUAUGUGGUUAUUAUUUUUUGGUUUUGCAAGAAGGUGAUGCAACGAAUGUCAGUUCAGGUCUUGUUUAUUUGUGUGCUUGUUCUAAAAUAAUACUUACAAAAAUCCUUUGAUAUCAAUAACAAACAACUGUAUUGCAUAAUUGCAACGUUAUUUAGCAGUCGUAUGUUUCGUUUUGUUACUUAAUUUGACAGCAACAGUGGAUAGUAAUCGUAAUAAACGAUAAAAAUGUACCCAAUUAUCGUCUCCUUUUACUCUUAAAAAGUCUGUACUUGCUGGAUUUUUUCAAGGUAUUUUUUUAUUGUGAGCUCAGUAGAAUGGCAAAGGCAUACUCUUAGAGGCGGGUCGGCUGAGACGUUAUAAAUUUUAAGUACAAAUUUAGUUGUAACUUUAGUUAAUAGUACUGUAAUAUCACUGUAUUUAAUGAUUAAUUAUAUGUUUGGGUUUUUUGAUUAUGUUACAACAUCUUAGUCAAAACUACUAAAUUUGUAUUGUAAUAACUUUACGAUUCCAUAAUUUUAAUCAUGGCUACUCAAGAAGACCGCUCUUUGUCCUCUGGUAUGUCGCUUCCUCAAUGGAUGAAGACUAAAAUGAAUGAUAGGUUAGAUUUCGAACAGAGCGCUUUUUCUCCGACUGAACUAGAUGAUAGUUUUAUGUAUUAUUAUCGUAGCAAUAAAAGAGGUUUCAGUGAACCGCCAAAUCAAACAAUCUCGGCGUCUUUGGCAGAAACACAACAACCUUUUGCUUCUGCAAUAAACGGGAAAAAAACAGAUUUUUCCAAACAUACGCCCUAUUGUCAGAAGUUUUUGAAUAAUUCAGUUGACACAACCACGGCCCAGAAAGUUCAGUUUCCGUCUGCCACCAAAACGAAAUCCAGUGGUGUGGAUGAUGGCUUCAAAGGAGAAGCGGCCAUGUGCGGUUCUUCAGUUGUGCGUGUUGCUCAUCAAAUGGUAGCUGGAAAAGCAAUUCGCGGCUUCACUGCUCAAACAAAAGACUGCGACUUGCCACCAGAAGGUUUCAAUCCGUCGCUAAGACGGGGUAGCAAAUCGCUUCCUGCGUCACCUCUGGCUUCUCCCUCUUCGUCGCCGAAGAGCACCCGUCGGAUUAAUAAGUACUUUACGGGACCGUUUGUGGAUUCGGAGAAUAAUCAUGGGCACUGGAUUCUGUCGAAUUUGCUAGCGAGGAGACAGGAUGUGUCACAAUCAAUGAAUCAUAUUGCAGAAGAAGAAGGAAGUGAACUGAAGCUUGCAAAUUCGAACGUGAGUAUCGAUGAUCUGUCUGGGAGGACAAAGAGUCAAGUGUUUACACCCAAACCGUCUGAGCUGCGAGAGAUGAAUUUUUGGUCGCCUACUUCUAUGUAAUAUAUGGGGACUGGAUUUUUACAACAACCGUUAUUAUUAGGUGGUGUUAAAAAGCAGUAUAUCUUUAUCUUUAGUUAAUUUCUUCUCUACUUUUAGUUAUUAUGAUUUGGACUAUUGAUCAUUUUUUUGUAACACUUAGGGCCGGUUGCAUAAACGCAAAUCAAAUUUAAUCUCUGAU